AUGCAGCACCCGCUCAUCUGCCCCUCGACGUCGUCAGCGGCCUUCGCUGCCGCCGCCGCCGUCUUCGGUACCUCGGCGCCGAUGAUGGCUGCCGAGGCCGUGAAGACGUACCCUCUGGGUGCUUUUUCAGUGCAAGUCGACCAAGGCGCAUCGUCCGUCGACAUAUACACGCAGUCUGGAGCCGAAGUGUGGAAGAUCGGUCAUGGAACAAGACAAAAAAAAAUGGCUUACCUUUCCCCCUCUCCUCCAACAGCGCCGAGCUCCUACCCCUUCAUCUCCGCCUCCACCGGCCUGACCAACUUCUCCGACUCGUCCGGCAACUUCGAAAUCACAACCAACAUCACCUCCCGCUGCACCGCCCCCAGCAUCAUCUCCGUGACCCUGGAAACGAACCAAACCACCGCCUCCCCCGCCGCCCUCACCCUCUCCGGCGCCUUCACCGACGCCCACCCGCCCCACUGCUCCGCCUGGUCCUGGACCCUGACCUUCACCACCAACACCACCACCACGCCCUCCUCCCCCAGCCACCCCAACCCCCACCCCCGCCUCCACUUCUCCGCCGCCAUCUCCAUCACCACCCCAGACGACGACGACACCACCAUCCCCGCCCCUCAAAACAUCCACCUCGCCCUCACCUCCCCCCCCAACGAGCCCUUCUACGGCCUCGGAGGCACCACCGGCCUCGGCAACCUCCGCGGCUGGCGCAUCCCCGUGUGGGCGCGCGAGGGCGGCGUCGGCCGGGGCGCCGAGCCCGUGACGACGUACCUCAACGGCGACGCCUCCGUGUCGGGACGCUUCGCGGGCGGGUCGGCGCUGACGGGGUACACGGCGGUGGCGGCGGUGGUGAGCGGGUCGGGGAGGUGGGUGGUGCUGGAAGGGAGUGCGCUGUCGGUGUGGGAUUUGGCGAGCGCUAAUGGGACGGGGGCGGGGGUGGUGGAUAGGAGCGACGCGUGGGAGGGGGUGGGGGAUAAGAGUGGGGAUGGGGGCAGCGGGGUGGUGGAGGUGAUGUGGGAGGGGAAGGGGGUGGAGGGGUGGGUUGGCGUUGCGGUCGAUGGUACUAAUGCGUUGCUCGAGGCGACGGGCGCGCUGACCGAGGUGACGGGCAGGCAGCCGCCGCUGCCGGACUGGGCGCUCGAGGGCGCGAUUCUGGGCAUCCAGGGCGGGCAGGACAAGGUCGAGGGGAUCGUGCGGGACGCGCGGGCGGCGGGGAUGCCGCUCGUUGGCGUGUGGUUGCAGGACUGGAGCGGGACGCGGCUGCAGGCCGGCGCGUAUAACGUGUCCAUCAGCCGGCUGUGGUGGAACUGGGAGCCCGAUGCGCAGCUGUAUCCGGAGUGGGCCGAGUGGGUGCCGCAUCUGCAGGAGGCCUAUGGCGUGCGGACGCUGAGUUACGUCAACACGUUCCUGGCGAAUGUCAGCAACAAAGGAUCUGGGUACAACAGGUCAUUCUAUGCCGAGGCGAAGGCGGAGGGCCGCUUGGUGCUGAAUGCCACGGCGGAUGAUGGCUCGCCGUGGGAGUUGACGAGCGGGCCGGGUAUCGAUGCUGGGUUGCUGGACAUCUCCAACGAGACGACCGUGCAGUGGUUCAAGGAUCUGUUCAAACAACAAUACUACUCCGUCCCCAUCUCCGGCGCCAUGCAAGACUUCGGUGAAUACCUCGACGUCUCCUCCAGCGUCAGCAUAUCCUCGGGCACCGUCUCCCCCCGCCUCUUCCACAACACCUACCCCUUCGCCUGGGCCAAGCUCCUCCGCGAAGCCACGAUCGAAGCCGGCGUCGCCAACGACACCCUCGGCUUCCACCGCAGCGCCUCGACAUUCUCUGCGCCUUACACCAACCUCUUCUGGGUCGGCGACCAGAACAUCGACACCACCCGCGAAGACGGCAUGCGCGCCGCAAUCAGCAGCACUUUCCACAUCGGUUUCUCUGGCUUCGCCCAGGCCCACGCCGACGUCGGCGGCUACACCAACACGCUCGCGCCCGUCGGCAACAUCACGCGCAGCGCCGCGCUGCUCGGGCGGUGGGCGGAAUCCGUGGGCGCGUUCGGCGGCGCGGCAUUCCGCACGCAUGAGGGAAAUAUCCCGCAGGUGAAUGCACAGGCGUAUACGAAUGCAUCGACGCUUGCAUAUCAUGCGUAUGCCGCGCGUCUGUAUGCCAGCGUCAAGGCGUACCGGAAGGCAGCGUUGGAGGAGUACCAGCAGCGCGGGUGGCCAGUGGUAAGGCAUCCGGCCGUGUACGCACCGAAUGAUACGCUCGCAGUGGCGACAGUUGAUGAGGUCUUUUGGCUGGGUGAGGCACUGCUGGUUGCGCCAGUGUACGAUUUGCGUGCACAGCGGUUACCCGUGUACCUGCCACGCGUGGAAAUUGAUAGCGAGGGCACGGCGGUGGAUGGAGGUGUGCGUUACCAGCAUUUGUGGACAGGGGAGCUGUUCGAACCGGGGAAGACGGUCGUGGUCGAUGCGCCGUGGGGUAAGCCUGGCGUGUUUGUGAGAUGGCCGUUGAAAGAUGGGGAGAAGGAGCUGUUGCAGGGGCUAUUUGACUUUGUGAAGAAGGAGAACGGGACGGUUCUGACGGCUUGA